UCAAUCGGAGUCAAUCGAAAUCCGAGUCAGUCACGUAUAUGUAUGUACUCAACUGCGAGUCCCGGGCCUCGGUAGACAUUGAUCAUGACCAGCUAGACUCGAAAGUGACUCGUGCUACCACUGCUUCACGCGUUCGCGCUCGACGCGUAGUGUGUACGGUCCCGAGAAAAUCAUGCUAAAUACGUCGAUCUCAAUGCUCGAGAUCGCAAACCUCCAGUGACCCGCUCCCCACUGAUCCUCGUCUGCACGUCUUUAGCGCACAAUGCCGAAUGGUACCGGCGCCGAUUCCUUCAGAGGAUCCAUAAUCCGAGUCUCGCAGAGCCGUAUAUUUCCCCAGCAGCGCACCGCCAAGCGCACCAGCGUACCGCUAUCCGUCGCGGAUUGUUCUGUCGUUCGCUUCACCACUGCAGCUGCCGUCUGGUACUUCGACGCACCGGAAGGCGAGCGAGCAACGAAGGCACUGUCUCCAGACCAGCUCCGGCUGUCGUUGGAGACCACGCUCAGCUGUUACCCACAGUUGGUCGGCCAAUUGCACUGGGCAACUCACGUUCACAAUGGCAACCAUACCCAGCGUGCGGGACGCUUGGUCCUCACGUACGUGGCAAAAUCACCCGUACCAUUAAGGGCAUUGGUCCCAUCUGCGUCAGAAAGGCGACGGGACGGGUAUUGGGAUGCGACUCAACUGGCAUCCGACGCACUCCUCCAUCGACACCUCUACCGCUCACAUCUGGAAGAACACGCAGGCCUUCCCGGGCUCAUGAUCCAAAUCACCACGUUCGCAUGCGGAGCGGAUGCACAGACGGUGGCACGCUUCUCGCAUGACUGGGCCGCGACAAACCGCGCUAUGGUCCUCGGGUUGGCUCUGCCAGAACUGCUCAAGAAGUCCCGCGCCCUGCCCAUGCAUCGGUACGACUGGUGGGCGACCACAGACGAUUCGACACCUUCCGUCCCAGCGCCCCUGAAGGCGGCAGCAGAAGUCCCCGCGGCCGCUCCGAUACCAUGGUCCGAAUGGAACGUGCAGGCACCUGUAUCCCACUACAUUAUACACUUCACCCCGGGCGAGAUGCAGCGUAUGUGGAAGGCUGCUCAGCCAGCGGCCUCUACGCAGGGCCACACCGUCAGCCGCCACGAUGCUCUCCUAGCUCAUGUGUGGGCGCUGGCCAACAGGGCUCGCGGUCUCGCCGAAGACGACCAACCUGUGCAUAUGAACGUCACACUGGGGCUGCGCGACAGAGUGUCCCCCGUGCUACCGGACAGUUUCUUAGGGUCACCGAUUAUCCUGGGGCGUCUCGAGGUUGCGGCGGGCAUCCGCUCCGUGGUCAACUUGUUCGACACCGAAACGGUGGCGGCGCUCUUGCACGACAUGGCCCAUGACCUCGCGCUCGCGCGCAUAUGGCACGCUUUCCUCGGCCGGCGCAACUUCAUCGUCACGUCUUGGGUGCGCCUCGGCCUGUACGAUGCAGACUUCGGCACGGGCACACGCGCGCGAUAUGUGGAAGCUGUAAUGCCGAGCUGCGAUGGAUGCCUCCAAGUCAUGGAGGCAGUUCCUGUCGACCACGAAUACGCCGGUGCUGGAGAUGACGAGGAAGGAGGACGGCGGAAGCGUUGGUAUGAUGAUGGUGUGGACGUCUCCUUGCAUCUUGCGGCGGAUGCGAUGGAGAAAUUGAUGAAGGACCCGUUAUUACGGAAGUAUCGUGUGCCUUGAGAUGGCUGACCCGUCCGGUCUGCAUGCACGCGACGCUGCGCUUACCGCGUUGCUUCGAGAACGUUGUGGAUUGACAUGGUCCUGCACAAGGCAAUCAAUAACAGACACAAUGAAAUCAUGACUCACUGCCUCGCGCAUCCGGCAAACACGACGCCAUGACGAGGCACCCUUCUGUCUGGCCACGCAAUUUCUCAUCGGCAUGCCCCCAUGAAACCUGUGAGUUCCUGGCAUCAGAAAAAGGAAAUUGGGAAGACAUAUGCCAGGUCUGUGAAAUGACUGGAAGCGUUGUGAACUGAGUCAGUUCAAUAGGAAGCGCAGAUCGGCGGAUAUUACUGACGAUGUUGAGCUGGUGUCACAUGUACUGCGUACACUUAGACGUGA